AUGUUAGAUCGAUAUGCAGAACUUCUUGAAAAUCGAUUAAGUCUUCGUUUUAUGGCUCGAUUAUCAUUUACUGAUCAAAUGCGUGCUCAACGAGAAUAUGAUCUAGUUAAAUCAAUUCGACGAAAAUUAGUAAAAGGACAACUUAUUUUACGUGUAUGUGACAAAAGUGGUGGUUUACCUCUAAGUACAAAAAGUGAUUAUGAAUGAAAAGCAGCUGAAUAUCGACGAGAUACUAAUGCUUACGAAGAUUAUCUUAUAAUCCAUUAGCGGACUCUUCACAAAUGUUACAAAUGCACUCAACGAUCUUAAAGAUAAAUAAAUGCGAAAACCUCGGAUUUAAAUCCGAGUGUUAUGUGUACUUCAAAAGCGAAAAGGAAUAUUCACUUUGUUUUUUAUUUACUCAAAAACAGAAUCAAUCACACUCUCAAGCUUUGAAAUUGGUCAUAGCAAG